UCAUGGCUGCUUCCCAGUCAGAAAAGUCGUCUGAUAACGGCUUGGCCGCCGGUUUGGUGGAAAAUUACGCCCCAGACAACGUCGUGCGCCCUCCCAGUCCUCUCGGAGCUACACCGAGACCUCCUCUAAUGAGAGACCGCCAGGGUUUGGCCAAGUCUGCUGCACAAGGCACGGGAAUGGCUCACAGAGAACCAGAAGGAAACCACGGCCAGUCAUCGCGGAAAGAUGACCUCAGUAGGUCUGAAGAAAUGAGCCGGGAAGAGUCUUCCAAAAAUUUCACCAUCCUGGCAUUUAUCUUCCUGUCAUCUUUGGUCGUCUUAGGCCUGGUCUACUGGAACUUCCCAGACCUGAAGGAGGAGGAGAGGGCAGCUGUGAAAUUACCCAGAAACAUUGAGGAUGCCAAAGCCCUAGGGCGUGUGCUGUCAGUUUACAAGGAGGCGUACUAUUAUGAAGUCAUGGCAGGAGUCACCGUCACAUAUAUAUUUUUACAGACAUUUGCCAUCCCGGGAUCCAUUUUCCUCAGCAUUCUGAUAGGCUACAUGUUCCCCUUUCCUCUGGCACUGUUUAUUGUAUGUUUGUGUUCAGCGACCGGUGCCUCUUUCUGUUAUUUAUUGUCGUACCUGGUGGGACGCCGGCUGGUCCUACGCUACAUCCCCGACAGGGUCAAGCAGUGGUCAGCAACGGUGAGCCGUCACCGUGACAACCUGCUGUGGUACAUCAUCUUCCUGCGCAUCACCCCGUUCCUGCCCAACUGGUUCAUCAACAUCACCUCUCCUGUUAUAGACGUGCCUCUCUACCCAUUCUACCUGGGCACCUUUCUAGGUGUGGCCCCGCCCUCCUGUAUAGCGAUCCAGACGGGCACCACGCUGUACCAGCUGACUCACUACGGCGCUGCUGUCUCCUGGAAGUCCAUGAGUUUCCUGGCUGUGUUUGCUGUUCUGUCUCUCCUGCCUACACUCUUCAAGGGGAAGCUAAAAGAAAAGUUUGACUGAUGUUGCAUGCAUGCUCCUGGUAGAUUUUAUAAUAGGUUGAGCUGGAACCUGAAAAUUGGGUUUUUGGCCCUUUAGGCCACACCAAUUUAAUUUGUUGGGUCUCAGAUUUUUUCAGAAAAAAUAUGAAGCGACAGGGCGAAAAAAAUAAAAAACAGG